AGGUCAAAGCGCUGCGCUUGCUUGCUUCACAGCUUCACCACUGUUCUAUCAUCAUCAUCAAGACUUCGUGACCGCGAAACACACGAAGAGAUGCCUCCACGAAUAAGACUGUCAUUACCACGGCUCCGGCCAGCAUCCGAAUCGUCACCAUACGUCUGCCGCCAAUGCCGACAUGCCUCGCUCGCGCGAGCAAUCACUCCAGCGCCCUCGAUCGAACGCUCCAUCCAGGCCGCUCCUGCACUGACGAGAUAUCCACCGACCCAACCGCCUUCAUACAAGCCCGCCGAAUUUCGCAAAACUCAGCUCCACCGACAAUACCAGUCUUUACUGCGCGCAUCGCCGCUGAUGCUAGUCUUCCAGCACAACAAUCUGAAAGCGACCGAGUGGGUGGGUAUACGGAGAGAACUGGCAUCGGCUUUGAAGAAGGUGGACGAUGAAUUGGCUAAGAGUGGGAAUGAGGACUUCAUCGGCAGAGCUACCAAGGUGCAAGUGGUGCAGACUGGCAUAUUUGCAUCUGCAUUAAAAGUGGUGGAGUUUUGGGACCCAAACUUUGACGAGGAAUCGUCGAACAAUAGAUCAGCAUCGGCUCAUGGGCUAUCGAAGAAGGCAUUUCGAACUGCGCAGAACAAAAAGUUACAGCACGGACUGGAGCCACUUCUAUCAGGACCGCUCGCCGUCUUGACUAUACCUGCUGUCUCACCGCAGCAUCUCAAAGCCGCGAUCUCGAUUUUGGCACCAUCGGCGCCAGACUUCCCUGCGCCCAAACGAAAGGCCAACCCUGGCUACCACGAGCCAGCGGUUCAAAAUGGAAUACAGAAGUUGAUGCUUUUGGGCGCUCGGGUUGAGGGCAAAGUGUUUGACCUAGAGGGUGUGAAAUGGGUGGGGGCCAUUCAAGGCGGACUCGAUGGUCUUCGGGGACAAUUGGUCGCUAUGCUGCAAGGUGCUGCUGCUGGCAUUACCACUACUCUUGAGGCUGCUUCAAAGAGUCUCUAUCUAACGGUUGAGGGCCGAAGAGGAAUGUUGGAGGAGGAGGAGAAAGGAAGCUCGGGGUCCAAGAGCGAGGCUUGA